AUGUCACAGCACGAGUACCCCAUCCUCCCCCGGGAGACCACCCUCGCCAACCUCCCCGCAGAGUAUUCCACCGACGCGCAAGAGCAAAUCACCCAAAUCCUCACAACAGCCCCAAUCAACCGGCUAGUGGUGCUAGAUGAUGACCCAACUGGCACACAGACCUGCCACGACAUCUCUGUCCUAACGGUCUGGGACAUCCCAACACUAACAGCCGAAUUCCAGUCCACAAAGCCAGGCUUCUUCAUCCUCACAAACUCACGUGCCCUCCCACCAAAAGAAGCAGAAACACUCAUCUACGAGAUCUGCACAAACAUUACCCAAGCCGCCAAAGCAACAAACCAAAAGGUCGACAUCGUCCUCCGCGGCGAUAGCACAUUACGCGGCCACUUCCCCCUCGAAACUGAUAUCGCGCAGUCGGUCUUUGGCCCUGCAGACGCACUUGUUCUCGCCCCAUUCUUCUUCCAAGGUGGGAGGCUUACCAUCGACGAUGUGCACUACGUCACCGAAGGCGACAGUCUCGUCCCGGCCGGCGCGACACAGUUCGCCAAGGAUGCAACGUUCGGAUAUAAAAGCUCCAAUCUCCGGGACUACGUCCUCGAAAAGGCGCCCCGGUUCAACGCAGUCCAAUUAUGCUCUGUGACAAUUGAAGAAAUCCGCAUCGGCGGGCCGCAGGCCGUCUGCAACAAACUGCUUACUGCACCAGUUGGCGGAGUGGUGAUCGUCAAUGCGGCCGCGGAGUCUGACAUGCACGUCUUCGUAGCGGGAUUGCUACUUGCCGAGUCUAAGGGCAAACACUUCUUGUACCGCACAGGCGCGGCCUUCGUCUCAACUAGACUCGGUAUCCGUUCUAAAGCACCCAUCUCCGCUGCUGAGCUCCAUCUGCCCUCGCCGCGUCAGACAGGGGGGCUUAUCAUUGCCGGGUCGUAUGUUCCCAAGACUACCGCGCAGCUGAAAGUGUUGACGGAUCGGCGCGGCGCAUUGGGUCAGUUGGCGAUCAUUGAAAUGAAGGUUGAGGAACUUAUUGCGUCGCCGGAGAUUGCGGCGCGUGCUGUACUGCGCGUUGUGCAGGAGACGGAAUCGCAUCUGCGGGCUGGGAUGGAUACGCUUGUUAUGACGAGUCGGGCGCUUGUGACUGGGGGCGAUGAGUUGUCGUCGCUGAAGAUUGGGUCUGUGGUUGCGGAGGCGUUGGUUGGUGUUUUGCGGCGGAUUGAGGUGCAGCCGCGGUUUAUUAUUGCCAAGGGUGGGAUCACAUCUUCGGACGCUGCGACUAAGGGCUUGAAUAUAAAGCGUGCUACUGUCGUUGGCCAGGCGGCGCCUGGUGUGCCUCUUUGGCGGUGCGAUGAGGAGACUAGUCGCCAUCGCAGUGUGCCUUUCGUUGUCUUCCCUGGGAAUGUGGGUGGGGAGGAGACGCUUUGCGAGCUGGUGGAAGGGUGGAGUUAG